AUGUACGCUCCCAGAGUUGGUGAUAGGCUCGAAAGCCUUGACACGCCAUCCAUGAUUGCCGACCUCGAUCUCGUUGAGGAAAACAUCAAGAAGCUUAUGGACAAGCUACUUCCAACUGGGCUCAAUAUCCGCCCGCAUCUCAAAACAACGAAGAGUGCCGUCCUUGCUGGCAAAAUGGUCAAAGCCGGCGCGAAGGGAGGGUGUGUGGCAAAAGUGAGCGAAGCAGAAGCCAUUGCAGAUGCUGGUUUUGACGACCUGCUCAUUACCUGCGAGAUCGUUGGAUCUGCCAAAGUCAAGAGACUCGUUGAGUUGUAUCGCAGGCAUCGCAAUAUCAAGAUCGUUGUUGACAGUGAGAUCGGUGCCACGGCUAUAAACAAGGCCAUGGCCAGUUCAGGAAUGGACGAUCGCAUAAUGGUCCUGAUUGACUUAGAUGUUGGUCUCCACCGGACUGGUGUCAAGCCCGGUGAACCGGCCCUUGCCUUGGCAAAGCAUAUCGCUGGAUUGAGAAAUUUGAAUCUCAUUGGAGUUCAGGGCUACGAAGGUCAUUUGCAACACCUACAUGACAAGGAAGAUCGCAGAGCUCAAUGCCUAGAGUCAAUGCGGAUCCUGACCAGCACUGCAGAUUCCCUGCGCAGUGCCGGCUUCGAAAUUGAUGUUGUUACCACAGGAGGUACAGGCACUGCCGAGUUCUGUGCUACAGUCCCCGGUGUGACCGAGCUUCAACCAGGAUCCUUCAUUUUCAUGGACACGGACUACCGCAACGCCGUCGGCUCAUUUUACUCUAAUAGCCUUACAAUUUUAUCGACAGUUGUGAGCAAGCAAGGUCCCAGGGCUGUCACGAUUGAUAGUGGGCUGAAGUCAUUGACGACCGACAGUGGUUUGGCAGAAUGUAAAGACUCUAGAUAUACAUACGGUGUCCUUGGAGACGAACAUGGUUCUUUGACCUGGGAAGAAGGAACUCCGUCGCUUUCAGUCGGUGAUCGCGUGGAGAUGAUACCCAGUCAUAUUGACCCUACAGUGAACCUUCAUGACGUUUAUUACGCUUACCGUGGAGUUGUGAUUGAAGAGAUUUGGCCUGUCGACUCGAGGGGGCAAGGUCCAGUAGUCGGAACUCCCAAGCCUGUUUACACCUAG